UAUUUAGUUUCGUAGAAGUAAAAGUGCGCGAUGUUAGAAGAACUUGAAAUUAAAAGUAGAAGGUUAUCUAUCAACAAAAGUACCGCCAUAAUUGAUUGGAUUGAUUAUGUUGAUCCAUCGAUAACAUACGAUGAGUUUUUUUCAAAGUAUUUAAUGGAAAAUAAACCAUGUAUUUUUAAAUCAAAUAUAACAGAAAAAUGGUCAUGCAAAAGACAGUGGAAUCUGGAUGGUGCACCAGACUUUGAUGUUCUUGAUAUAUUGUUUGGGGAUUGUAUGGUACCAGUUGCAGAUUGCAACAAAAAAUAUUAUAAUUCACAAUCUAAAGAUGAUAUGAAAAUGAGAGAUUAUUUAAAUUAUUGGUUGGAUUAUAUAAAAAAUAAUUACUCCAAUUCUAUGUCACUUUUGUAUUUAAAGGAUUGGCAUUGUCCAAGAUUGUUUCCUAAUGCUCCUAUGUAUAAUGUUCCUGAAUAUUUUGCAUCUGAUUGGCUAAAUGAAUAUUAUAUGGCAAAUCCUGAAUUAAAUGAUGAUUACAGAUUUGUGUAUAUGGGUCCAAAAGGGACAUGGACACCAAUGCAUGCAGAUGUAUUCGGAUCAUAUAGUUGGUCUGCAAAUAUAGUUGGGGAAAAACGUUGGUUCCUUUUUCCACCAGGUCAAGAAGAUUUUCUACGAGAUAUACAUGGUCAAUUAAUAUAUGAUGCAACAUCUGAAGAACUUAAUGAUUAUACAAAGUACAAAGCCUAUGAUAAACGAGCAUUAAAAUAUAUUGAUGUGAUACAAAAGGAGGGAGAGAUCAUAUUUGUGCCAUCUGGAUGGCAUCAUCAAGUUUGGAAUAUAGAAGACACAAUCUCUCUUAAUCAUAAUUGGAUUAACAGUUGUAACAUUAUGAAUGUAUGGCAUGGAUUGAAAAAAGAAUUAUCUUUUGUAAUGAAAGAAGUUAGUGACUGUAAGGAUAUGAGCAACUGGGCAGAACAAUGUCAAUUAAUACUAAAAUCAACUUAUGGAAUGGAUUACAGCUUAUUCUUUGACUUUAUAUCUUUUAUAGCUAGACAACGUUUAAAUAUGCUUUCAGUCAAAGAAGACAUAGUUAGUUUUAACAAAUACAAACUUGGAUUUCAUCACUGUAUAUUUGAUCUUCAUUCAAUAAAAUUAACACUGAUAGAUUUUAUUAAUGAUAUGGAAGAAAAAUCCAUUUAUUGUUUAAUUUGUGAAAAACAGCAAGGUCAUCAAUUAUUAAAUAAAAUUUUAUUAGCUUUGCAAUCACAUGAUACUGAAAAUUUGUCUACAUAA